CCUUCACGCCCAGAUCAGGGACAAACAGAUGAGCCUCAGCCAUCUCGAGUCGGAGCAACGUCGCUACCUCGCUACCUCGCCUCGCUCUCAUCUCGUCUUCCGACGGUUCUCCCGCAAUCUCUCCUUCCUUCGAGAUGGGCUCAACCUCACCACCUGCCAUGCUCACAUCGCCUGCCUGCUAGCAUACGCUCACGCCUACGCUUCCUCGUGCCCGCCAUGCCCUCGCCCUUGACACUCAUCGGUGCAUCGAGGGCUGCGCCCAUCGUGGCAAGGGACUUUGCCGAGUCCCCUACCACGCCCACGCCGCAAGCAGACGAACUCGAUGGUGGCGAUCAUGCAGAGAAGCCCAUUCGUAGCGCAGGCGGCGGAGUUCCCUUGGACCGAAACAGGAGUAUCUCCUUCCACGCUCCUCAGCCCUCAUGGGUAGGCAGACGAAAGAUUCAACGCUCGAGAACGAUGGACUCCAUCGAUUCGACGGUCUCAGACAGCGACUCGAUCUCCACGACGUCCGAGGACGGGCGCUACAGGCCCAAAUUCACUCCAGGCCACCUCCUCUCGCGUCUACGGCGCAGGCAGCAAGAAGAUGGAGCCGACCUCACCGCCGGCGUGGACAGUGAAGCUGCGAUCCUCGACUCUACUCCACCUCCCGCAGUCCUCCACUCGUAUCGCCGCACACCGAUCCUCUCGGGCUGCUUGGCCCCCUUUAGCAUAAUGCUCGAAGUCCCCGGCCUCACCACAAAGUGGUACGUCCGUAAAGGCCCCUUCGGCGAGGCCAUCGAGUAUCGUCGCAACCCUCCCAUCCUCGAGGCCGGACUCGCUAUCAGCAUCAUAUCGGCUGUGGCCGCCAAUGUUUGCUUGAUCCUGCGCUUUACAUCCAUCCUCCGACCACGAAAGGGGACUGCUCUUGCCAUUGGCGGAUUCGUGCUGCACGACGCCAUCAACAUUGCUGCGCUGGUGGCUUUUGGGGUAAUUCAUGCCGUGGAUGACGGAUUUUCUUAUAGUCAGGCGUAUUGGAUGACUCUGGCUUCCACAGCGGCCAGUCUGGCGUGUACCUUCACGCUGCUGGUCGACUAUGCGGGGACCAAGGACUUCAAGGAUGCCGGGAGCGGGUUGACACAAAAGCAGACGCAGUUGGUCAUUGUCAUCAUGAUCCUCCUAGUCUACCUCUCCCUCGGCUCCCUCCUCUACUCGCUCCUCCUCUCCAUUCCCUUCGAGGCAGCCUUGUACUUCACCUGCACAACGACUCUCGCCGUCGGGUUCGGCGAUAUAGUUCCGACGACUGUGGCUGCCAAGAUCUGCCUAUUCUUCUACGCCCCGCUAGGCAUCACCUUGUUCGCCGUCACGAUCUUCAUUGCUAGGGGCACGAUCUUGGAGGAGUUUGAGAAUAGCUAUCGCCGGAGAAGGGAGGAGUUUGGGCGACGCUUGAAGGAGAGGAGGAGGGGGCUUAGGGAGAUUAGAAGGGAGAGACGGAGGGCUGCGAAGGAGAGGAUUGCGGCGAACAAGGCGGGUACGGAGAAGGGAGGGGAGACGGGGAGAGAUACGCCUGUGCGCAGGGGCUCGAUCUUGCCUUGGCGAAGGAGCACGACGCCUACUCCCAUGGCUACGGCAGAUGAAGGCUACGGUCUGCCUCGCUCUGCCAGCCCUAUGUCCGCAAUGGAGAGCCCGACGCGCCUGAAUCACCAUCGCGACACCUCGGACGGCAAGGCCAUCCCGACCAGCCCUACAGACGCGGACGUGGACGCGCCCGCCACGCCUACGACCCCCUCACCAGAAGACGGCGAAGGCGACCCGGUCAAUGUAGCUUUAGCGGCGCACAAGCAUCAAUUGGAAGCCGGCUGGCAGCAAUUCCGCCACGACUUGGCCACGCGCGAACGGACUGAAUUCUGGACAAAGCUCGCCGUAGCCUGGUUCCUCUUCGUCGCCUUCUGGCUCAUAGGUACGGUGGUGUUCCACUUCACCGAGGGGUGGACCCUAUUCGAAGCCUUCUACUUCUGCUUUGUGCUGUUCAGCACUAUUGGAUUUGGGGAUUUCACGCCAAAGAGCGAUGGAGGACGGAGCUUUUUUAUUAUUUGGUCUCUCAUGGGGGUAGGGGUGUUGACUGUGCUGAUUUCGGUGUUUAGUGAUGCUUGGGGGAGUUUGGUGAGUGAGAAUUUGGGAAGGGCGAGGCAGAGGGUGAGGGAGAAGGGCAGGAGGUUGAGGGAGAAGGUGAGGGGGCGGCGAGGAAGGAGUAGGAGUGGCGACAGGCAGGAACACAUGGAGGGGAGGAUGGAUGGGGAGGCCGGCAACUCGACCGCAAUGAGCGACACAGACGAAGGCGGGGAUGUCAGCGACAUUCCUGCCACACCCAUCAUCACCGCCUCUCCUCUCGCCCGUACCAUCACGCCUACGAGCAGCGUCGGCGCAGCACCGUCAUCAGGGGGUAUCCUGCAGUCACCUUCGAAGUCAUUGCCCCAGAACCUGCCGGACAUCAUCGAAGGCGCGCCGCUACAAUCGUCGCCCGCGCCUGCAAGCGCGAGUGGUCUCGAAGCGACUCCCGAGGAGCCUGCACAUACUGAGGACGAAGCAGCAUCAGCCCGGCGUCUAGCGGAGACAGCGCUUCGUCUCCACUCAGCGGCAGUCGAUCACGUUCAAGCACAUCGCGAUGAGACGCUUGGGGCUUUGCGCACCGUCCCAGGCUUUAGGGAGGCGCUGCCCCGGCACUUGUUCGCCGAUGCUCACCACGACGAAAAGGGCGAGAAGGUCUUCCCUCGACGCCGUCAUCGCCAUCGUCAUGCCCUCGGACUCUCGCGGGGCCGAGAAAGCGACGACGAUGACGAUGACGAGGAGGAGGAACGCACGCCACACGACGAUACCUCCGCCUCCAGCUCAGCUCUCGAUCUCGCCCCUCUGCGCUCACUCGUCUCCUCCCUCGAUCCCGCUGCUCGGCAGUCCGAGCCCGAUCGCCAUCGCAAUCGCGACCCCCACGAGGAUACGGAAGCGGCUUUCAAGCAUACAUCUCGCCUGUUGAUUUUCCUUGAGCUCGAGCAGGCCACUCGCGAUGUACUCAGGGAUGUGCAUGGGCUGGCAGGGAGGAUUAGGGAGUUGAGGGGGGAGAAUGAGAGGUUGAAGCGCGCCCAGAUUGGGGAUGGAGAUGGGGAUAAGUAGAGGGAGGGAGAGGCAGAGCAGCUCGUCUGCGGAUACCGCUGCGCUCGUGUACAAUACCUAGAGGCCUCAUCUAAUUGAUCGUCGUCGUCGUC